AUGCCGCCAAAAGCAGAUUGGGACAAAUAUGUUGCUCCUGCAGAGGAUGACGAAAAAGAACAAGAGAAAAUUGUCCCCUUGUCUGAAAGUGAUAUACAAGUUUUGAAGUCGUAUGGAGCAGCACCCUAUGCAAGAUCCAUCAAGGAUAUUGAAAAGGAUUUGAAGGAUAUCGAGGAGAGGAUAAAGGAGAAUAUCGGUAUUAAGGAAAGUGAUACCGGUUUAGCUCCGCUGCACCUCUGGGAUGUUCUUGGUGACAAACAAAGAAUGCAAGAGGAACAAUCUUUACAAGUUGCCAGGUGUACAAAGAUUAUUGAAGUUACUGAGCAAGCCACUCCAAGUUCUGGAUUGCAAAAUGCCGAUACAAAAUCAAAAUAUGUUAUAAAUAUAAAACAAAUUGCCAAAUUUGUUGUAGGAUUGGGGGAAAGAGUAUCGCCAACUGAUAUCGAAGAAGGAAUGAGAGUAGGUGUUGAUAGACAUAAAUAUGAAAUCCAAUUACCAUUGCCACCUAGAAUUGAUCCUUCGGUCACAAUGAUGACAGUGGAGGAAAAGCCGGAUGUCACAUAUAGUGAUGUUGGAGGUUGUAAAGAGCAAAUUGAGAAAUUGAGAGAAGUUGUUGAACUACCAUUGUUGAGUCCCGAGCGAUUUGUCAAGUUGGGUAUUGAUCCUCCAAAAGGUAUACUAUUGUAUGGACCACCUGGGACCGGGAAAACCUUAUGUGCCAGGGCAGUGGCAAAUCGAACAGAUGCAACAUUCAUUAGAGUUAUUGGCUCCGAGUUGGUACAAAAGUAUGUUGGAGAAGGUGCAAGAAUGGUGAGAGAGUUGUUUGAAAUGGCCAGGACCAAAAAGGCUUGUAUAAUUUUUUUCGAUGAGGUUGAUGCUAUAGGAGGAGCUAGAUUUGAUGAUGGUGCAGGUGGAGACAACGAAGUGCAAAGGACCAUGUUAGAGUUGAUUACGCAAUUGGAUGGAUUCGAUCCAAGAGGAAAUAUCAAGGUUAUGUUUGCCACUAAUAGGCCAAAUACAUUGGACCCAGCUUUAUUGAGGCCAGGAAGAAUUGAUAGAAAAGUUGAAUUUUCACUACCUGACUUGGAAGGGCGUGCUAAUAUAUUUAGAAUUCAUUCCAAAACCAUGAGUGUUGAAAAGGAUAUAAGAUGGGAGCUUAUAUCGCGGUUAUGUCCGAAUGCCACGGGUGCUGAAUUGAGAUCAGUAUGUACAGAAGCAGGAAUGUUUGCAAUCAGAGCUAGGAGGAAAGUUGCAAACGAAAAGGACUUUUUAAAAGCCGUGGAUAAAGUUAUCAAGGGCAACUUGAAGUUUAGUUCCACAAGUGAGUAUAUGCAAUAUAAUUGA